AUGGUGUUUGGUGUGCUCACUGCUGUUGUGUUCCAGCUAACGGCUCCAAGCAAUGACUACUGGGGGGAAUACGGGGCUUAUGGGCCGUGCAGUCGACCCUGUGGCACUGGAGUAGCCAUGAGGGCAAGGCAAUGUAUCACUGCAAGGACAGACGGAGGAAACAACUGCGUGGGAUCUUCAAAAUCUUACCGCACCUGUAAUACGCAGGCAUGUCCAGUGGGUUCCAGGGAUAUCCGUGAGGAGCAGUGUGCCCAGUUUGAUAGGAUGGACUUCCAGAGCAAACGCUACACCUGGCUGCCAUACCAUGGAGCGUCUAACCCAUGUGAGCUGAACUGCGUCCCCCGUGGAGAGAACUUCUUCUACAGACACAGGCCUGCCGUGGUGGACGGGACACCCUGCAAUGUGGGCCGCAGUGACAUCUGUAUCGAAGGCAUCUGCAGGGCGGUGAGCAACGGAGAGAUCCUAGGCAUGGACCGUGACGUGGUGCCCGCCCCUCCCGCUCCCGCCACCAACCUCCGCCACCGAGAGUCCCUCACGUACGCCUACACAUACAGCGCCUGGUCCGAGUGCUCAGCCCCCUGCAACGGAGGCACACAGCACCGCAGUGUACAGUGCAUGGUCCAGGACUCGACGGCACCCCACGUGGUGGACGACUCUUACUGCAUCUCCCAGGGACUACCCAGGCCGGCCAGCCAGCAGGCCUGCAACCAGCAGCAGUGUGCCGAGUACAGUGUUUCCAGCUACAGUGUGUGCUCAGUGACCUGUGGUGAUGGCCAGCAGACCAGGGAGGUGUUCUGUGUGGGGGCGGGAGGAGAGCACCUUGGGGAGCAGGCCUGCAGUGGUCUGACACGUCCACCCACAGUCCAGGCCUGCCACAAUCUACCCUGUCAUACCCACAUCAGCUGGCACGUCAAUGACUUCGGACUGUGCUCUAAGAAGUGUGGUGGAGGGGUGCGUGAGAGAAGGGUGGUGUGUAUGGACAUAGAGCAGAACCCACAUGGGGAGGACAGAUGCGCCCCCCACCCAAGACCCCCCACCGUGGAGCACUGUAACACCCAGGCCUGCCAUGAAGCCCAGAGUGUACCAAGUGUCCACGACCCAAGAGGACAUGAUAGAACUCUGAGAGGAUUUGUGCCUUAUGACCCUUCAGCCACUAACACAGUAUACGACCCAUACUCCACCGCUGUGGUUGGUCCCCACUGCGCCCAGUCAUACUACGGCUGCUGCCCGGAUGGCCACACAUCCGCUGGUGGGCAUAGAGGAGAGGGCUGUCCCACAGAUGACUGUGAACGCACCCGGUACGGCUGCUGUCUGGAUGGGGUGACUCCUGCUCAGGGUCAUGGAAGAGCAGGAUGUGCUGAUUACCACCCACACGUGGACCACUCCGCCCCAGCUCAUGCUCAGUCCGGCCAUAUGUGCUCCCUGUCACGUGACGAUGGACCCUGUGCCAACUGGACAUCCCGCUUCUACUACAACUCAGCCACUGGCAGCUGCACCCAGUUCUGGUACAGCGGUUGCCAUGGCAAUGCCAACAACUUUGUCUCCAGGGACGUUUGCCAGAGGGAGUGUGGCGGUGCCGUCGUGACACCAAGACAGGCACCCCCACCCGCACGGUCUGGCGUGAGGGUAAGGGCGGGUACAAGGGCGAGAGCAUACCGCGCCCGGUCUUAAGAGACACAGUAUGAAUGUGUUUCAGUGGCACACACACACCGUACAGAGGAAAGGAAAGAUAUGAAGCAAUACCAUAAACUACUUAAUCUGUGAACAAAUGUCAUCCAAAAUC